GUUUGAAUUGGAAAUUUUAAUUUUUCAUCCCAUUUUUUUUUGCAAAAAUGUCAUUUAUUGUGGAUAAAAAUAAUUACAAAUUAAUUGAAUUGGCCGCCGAGAUAUUGGUUUAUUUUGAAAAGCAUAAAUUAAUUGAAAUUUCCAAGAGAAUUCUUGUGGAGUGUGCCUUGGAGCGUCCUCCCAAUGUCCAGAUGUGGAUAGCAAAAAAUAUUAAACGUAUUGCCUCAGAGAUUUAUGAAGAUUGUUUGAAUCAUGGAAAAUGUGGGUAUAUAGCAAAUUUACAUUUAACAUCUCGUUUUCUGUAUCGAGUGGUAAUUUUUGGCCGUCCUGGCUCCGGAUGUAAGACCCAGGCCCAAUAUUUAGUUAAACGUUUUAAUUUGGUCUUACUCGAUGGGGAAAAUCUAAUAUAUCAACAUCUUCGAGGAGAUGAUAAGGAACCAAAUGAUCCUCUGGCUCGGGAGUUACAACGAGCAUUUUAUUAUGAUAACUGUGAGGCGAAAUCCAAAGCAUUAGCCAGUAUUAUUGCAAGACGUUUAUUGGAAUAUGAUUGCCUGAGUCGCGGUUGGGUUUUGAUAAAUUUCCCCAAUGGCUUGACAGAUUUUAAGGAAAUAAUGGAACAUUUUAAAAUACCACCCAAUAAAUUGGUAUAUUUAAAAUGUCCCGAGAAGGUGUGCAUGCUGAGACUUAUAAAUAUGCCAAAUUUGGGACAACCUCAAAUGAAUUGUAACUAUUAUGAAGAAGAGAUGCGUUAUUUUAAUCGCCAUUGUAGUGAAAUAGAGGAAUACCUCCUCAGACGCCAUGAAACAAUUUUUGUAGAUGCAUCUCGGCCUUCCAGUGUGGUUAGAAAUGAAAUGUUAUCAUUACUUGAGCAAAGCCCUUAUCUUAUGGGUUUUAAACAAGAUCUUAGAGAAUAAAUAUUGACAUAUUAUCACCAUAUUUCAAUAAAAAAAUUAUAUAUCAAUUUUGCGUUACUAAAAAAUACA